ACAGAGGUAAUUGGAGUAGAACCUACGGGAAGGGGUUCGAGAUGAUAAUCAGGAUGGGUUACAACGUUAACAUGGGCUUGGGUAGGGAUGGUCAGGGCAGAAUGGAUCCAAUUGAGAUCACGGUGCGCCCCAGGAAUCGUGGUUUGGGCUAUCCCUCGGAAGAAGUGAACGAUCCAGCACCAAAAGUAGAAGAGAUCUUCUUUGAGGAAGAAGAUGAAGAGGAGCAGGUCAGGAGGUUCAAAGAGGAAGCAGCAAGUUUGGAUAAAGCACUCAAGAAAGAGGCUGCAGAAGCAAACCGUGCAUCAAAUCCACCAACAUUGAAAGUAAGAAACCCAACCAAGAAAGGCAAUCCUGUCCCUUCUUUAAUCAUAAGGCCAAAGAACCUGAAACAAGAGGUGAAAAAGGCAUUAAUGCCCUAUGAGAGGGACAGGGAAGAAGAUUAUGAUCAUGUUGGCGUGGAAAAACAGCUUAGCAAGGAUGUGAAACAAGAGCAUCAGCAGCUCAGCAAGGCACUGAUGCCUUAUGAGAGUGAAGAGGAAGAGGAUGAUUAGGCUUUCGCUGAGGAUCAAAGUUAGCUGCAGACUCCAUCUCCUUCAAGUUUGAUUAGACUUUUCUUUGACCAUUCAAAACAAAGUUAGCUGCAGACUUUUCUUUGCAGUACUUGUGAUGCUCUCUGCAAAACAAAUGUUUACUUGGAGAAAAGCUAUACACUAAUGGAAAUAAAUAAACGUUUGGGUGAGAUAAUGAAUGUGGUUUUUAAUAGGCUAGAUCUCUUCUUUGCUUCUUCCUUGUUUUGAGCUUCUUCAAAUCUUGCAAACUUUCUUUAUGGUUGGUGAUUUGUUAUUCGUACCAGAUCUUUUCUUCUAGAAAGUGGUGUAUUUCUGUAGUUCUUUCAGCAGAUGUUCUUGGUGUUAUAUAUUCUAAGAAACUGAUCAUUUCUUGUCA